AUGGACGCAUCUCGAGUCGUAACGCUAUAUCUUGGCCUGUUCCUCGUUUUCCUUGGGAAUAUACCGUGUUUCCAGUCAGCUGCUAUCCUCUCUGCCUCCGCGCCGAGGAGGAACAAGGGAGCCAGGGUCCCUCAUCAGGACGGACAAAUGUCAGCCAAAUUCCUAAAAGAGAUCUUCUCGUCUUCGCAUCCGAUUGUGAGCCACCACCGAGAAGACCUGAAGGACGCUGUUGUGCCGCACGAUUACAUGCUCUCAAUUUACAGGACAUACUCGGCUGCUGAGAAACUCGGACUAAACGCAAGCUUUUUCCGCUCCUCUAAAUCUGCCAACACCAUAACAAGUUUUGUGGACAGAGGAACAGACGAUCUUUUGCACUCUCCUCUGCGAAGACAAAAGUAUCUGUUUGAUGUCUCAACCCUUUCAGACAAAGAGGAGCUGGUUGGGGCGGAAUUAAGGAUAUUUAGGAAAGCGCCCGGGGACUUCCAGACGUCCCUGCAGACGACGGGUCUCUACGACAUUCAGCUGUUCCCCUGUCGGUCGGACAGGCUGCUGGACUCAAGGUCCCUGGACCCUCUGGACUCCAUAAAGUCCGGCUGGGAGGUUCUAGACGUGUGGGACAUGCUUAAAACCCACCAUCCGCACCAGCAUCACCAUCACUACCACCAUCACCAGCAGCAGGGGAAGCAGCUCUGCUUCCAGCUCAGGGUCACACUCGGUAAAUCGGACACGGAGGUCGACCUGCGGCAGCUGGGGCUGGACAGGAGCGGCCGGUCCCAGCAGGAGAAGGCCAUCCUGGUGGCCUACACCCGCUCUAAGAAGAGGGAGAACCUGUUCAACGAGAUGAAGGAGAAGAUCAAGUCGCGGAGGUCCGUGGGUGAGGAGGUGGCGGCGGCGGCGGAGAAGGCGGUGAAGCGCGAAGGGCCGCGGCGGAGGAGGAGGACCGCGUUGAGCAACCGGCACGGGAAGAGACACGGGAAAAAGUCCAAGUCCAGGUGCAGCAAAAAGGCCCUGCAUGUGAAUUUCAAAGAGCUGGGCUGGGACGACUGGAUCAUCGCGCCCCUGGAUUACGAGGCCUAUCACUGCGAGGGGGUGUGCGAUUUCCCCCUGAGAUCGCACCUCGAGCCCACCAACCACGCCAUCAUCCAGACUCUCAUGAACUCCAUGGACCCCAACAGCACCCCACCCAGCUGCUGCGUCCCCACCAAGCUCAGCCCCAUCAGCAUCCUGUACAUCGACUCGGGCAACAACGUGGUGUACAAACAGUACGAGGACAUGGUGGUGGAGCAGUGUGGCUGCAGGUAG